CGCAUGCGCAGCUGAGGUACUCGGCUUUCGCCGCCGCUUUCUCAGCUGGGCGUUAUGCUGCGGCUGUUGUGGGGGCUUCUGCGGACUCGCCGGCUCUUGGGGAUGUCGAUGCUGCUGUUGCUGCUGCCUCAGGAACUGGUGGGUGAGUACGAGGAAGGCAGGCGAGUAACGACGGAGCCUCUAGCGGCCUCUAGCGACCGCUGAGCCUCCCUUUCUCGCCGCCACCUGCCCCUUCCCCUCCCGCCCGCUCGCCUUCCCGCCCUCCUCGAGAAGCUUCGCAAAACGCGGCGCGCGAGUGGGCGGGUCUUUCCAGGCGCCUGAGGUAAACGCGGGUGUCCCCCCGCAGCCCGCCAGGUGGCGCCGAGGUGUCCGUCCUCCUCAGCCGCGAGGCGGUUGCAAGCCGCCCGCCGCGUCCCAGGCUGCGGCCUCCGUCGGCAGAGCCAACUGGGCUGUCCAUCAUCGCAAGGGGGCUUUCUCUGCCAGGCGGCCUUUCUUACUCCCGAGGAAGCACGCAUGGGGAAGACCUUGGUGCCUCCCAGAAGGGUCUUUUAGGGCGAUUGACACAAUAAUAGUGCAUUAGCUGUGGGGUUGUUCUACUUUAUUCUGUGGUGCUUCACUAACUCAUUAUAUAUAUAUAUAUAUAUAUAUAUAUAUAUAUAAUAAUAAUAAUUUGGAUAACCUAAACCAAAUUCUCGAGUGAGAUAACAAACAGUGUUGCAGAGGCCCAAGGAGAGUCUGAGAUCAAAGAGAUCAAUCCGAAGCAUAGCUGUCAACUUACAGAUUUGAAAAUAAGGGACCAGCAGCCUUGAAAAUAAGGGACCAGCAGCCUUGAAAAUAAGGGACCAGCAGCCAAAAUAAGGGACCUGCAGGCACUCCAGUCUUCCUGUUCUCCUGCAGUCUGGUCAAACUCAUGCUGGUAGCUUCGAGAACACUGUCCAACCAACUUUGUAACCAGAGGUUCAACUGAAUAGAAUCUGAAUCACAUGCACCACAAGGCCUAUGCAGCCUCAACUUAAGAUGGCUCCCCAGCCUGGCUUUGCACUGCAAAGUUUGCAGCAGCACGUGCAACAAAAUGGCGUCCAGCAUUCAAAAACCCCUCAGCUUGCAUUAACUAGCCACACACAAGGCAUGCAAGCUCCACCCCCCAGCCGUUCUUAGACUUCUUAUUGGGUAAGCAACACAGCCAAGCAACACAGUUGGAGCCUCCCUCCUCCCUGGCCGGCAGGGAGGGAGGGAGAGGAGUUGCUUCCUUUGAAAUUUAAGGGACAUCAUUUAAGGGACAUCUAUCAGCAGCGGGACAUGGUGCUGGAAUAAGGGACUGUCCCUUCAAAUAAGGGACACUUGACAGCUAUGAUCCGAAGUAUUUCUUUGAUGCGCGCCAAUUUGCUGGCUAUCUCCCAACUAUCUAAAGGGCUGUCACAUGGAAGAUGGAGCAAGCUUGUUUUCUUCUAAUCCAGAGGGUAGAACCCGACCCAGUGGGUUCCAGUUACAAGAAAGGAGAUUCCGACUAAACAUCAGGAAUAAGUUUCUCUUCAACAGUGGAAGGGAGUCCUUCUUUCACUGGAGGCUUUUAAGCAGAGGUUGGACAACUGUCUGCCAUGUAUGAUCUAGUUGGGUUCCUGCAGUGCAGGGGGUUGGACUAGAUGACCCUCACGGUCCUUCCAACUCUACAAUCUAUGAUUCUAUGUGGCAGGGGGUUUCAGCAGGAAGUUACAGGUAUGCAUAUUGAUUGGAAGAGAAAGAGUAUGACUGGCUGAAAACUUUGCAGGCUCAAGCAGUGUUGAAAUGUGAUGAACAUCAAUGGUCACGAGUAUGCAAGGCGCCCCUGUAGCUUUUAACAUGGAGCUGACCAUUUUUUACAUGAUUACAAAACUUGUGUAAGAAAAGCUUUGCUGAGUUAAGCAACAUCACUUUGAUUUUUUAAAAUAAAUAUAUUGUUGUAUAUAAAAUCAUCUGAACAACAACAACAAAAAGUCCCUUCCAAUUCUGGUUUCUCAGUGGCCAUCUAAAUAGCUUUGGGAGCUCAAAAACAGUGAAGUAAUACUGUUUGCUGGUGAUAUCCAGCAGGUGUUAUUGUAAGCCAUACUCUUCAGAUAGUGUUAUACGCAUUACUAGCCUUGUUAAGGUUAAGGUACUUGUUAACCUUGCUCAUUUUGUAUCCAUUCACAGCUACAGUAUCCUGUUUAUUUAUUUUGAUGUUGAAAUGCCAGUUCGUCAGUGAAGCAUUGCUACAAUCCACAUACAGUGGUGCCCCGCAAGACGAAUGCCUCGCAAGACGGAAAAACCGCUAGACGAAAGGGUUUUCCGUUUUGAAGUUGCUUCGCAGGACGAAUUCCCCUAUGGGCUUGCUUCGCAAGACGAAAAUGUCUUGCGAGUCUUGAGAUUUUUUUCGCUUUCCCCCCCCUUUAUCUAAUCUGCUAAGCCUUUAAUAGCCUUUAAUAGCCUUUUAGCAGCUAAUCCCCUAAGCCUUUAAGCCUUUAAUAGCCGCUAAACAGCUGAUAGCGCUAAUAGCGCUAAUCCGUCAAUGGGCUUGCUUCGCAAGACGAAAAAACCGCUAGACGAAGACUCUUGCGGAACGGAUUAAUUUCGUCUUGCGAGGCACCACUGUAUAAUAAUAUUACUAAAUAAUAUUCCAUGUCUUCAUUAUUUAUUUAAAUCUGAUUGGAGUCUGUUUGAUUAUCAGUGCAUUCAAAAAAUAAGUUCUGUGGAAAUGAUCUGAAUUGCCUCUCAAUACCAAUACUUGCAAUAGUAGUCCAGUAAUCCAAUUUCAGAUUGGAUGAUAUAUGUAAUGUAGCUGUAACUGGCUUCUAGUUUUCAGUCUAAUAUUCCAUACAUUCCCUUGGACUACAAUUCUAUGCAUAGCAACAUUAGACUAAGUUUCAGUGAAACAGAGUGAGGCUUAUUUUUAAAGUAAACAUGGAUUGCGUUGUUGGUCACAGAACCCUGCUUUGACAUUAUAGCCUUGGACCUGCAUUGUAAAUGGUGAUGUUUCUACAUCAAAUGUGUAUAGCAGCAUAUGUGAGAAGUGCAUGCUCAUCUGUUUAGCAUUGUUUCACUGAGGCUGGAAAUAGUAAUUAGUCAUGACUUCCCAGCAUACAUAUAUGGGUUGAAACAGAAAUGUUUUAUAUUUGUAAUAGGUUGGUGGGAUACAUUUCGGUUCAAAACUUUGUGGAAGUUUUUUUGUGUUUGGACUUUGGUUUUAUUUUAGCUUUUAUUUAUGAUCUAUUCAUUUAUUUACUUUAAAUAUUUGACCUUCUCUUUUUCUCUCUCUUGUCCAUGGCCAAAUCUUUGCUGUUUGUUUUACCACAUUGCAGAUAUACAUACCUGGUAGCACCAGCACAUGUCUCCUCCUCCCUGCUAUUAGGACUGCUUUGCCCUUCUCCUUUGGGGGACAUUCCAGCAGGAACUCUUCAUUUGAAAUGAAGAAAAUGUGUAUUGUAUAAGGGAGCACCAGUGCUAGUUUUGCUGGAGUUCACACAGGGGGGGUCCAAGGAGACUGAGGUUUAAACUGAAGGUGUCUGCUAAUACACAGUAGUUCAUGCACUCAUCUUGAAACAUUUUCAUAUAGGUAUUAUGAAGUGUUACAUGUUCAUUUCUGUUAGUUAUACCCCCCCCCCAAUAUUUGUUCUGUUGGUUGAUAUGACAAAAUAUUAAAUAUAGCAAAGUGGUGAAUAACAUUUUCAGUUCCAAUGUUUUCUGUAACAUUUUUAACUAUUGUCUUUUUAAAGUGUGUGGAGAGGCCUGCAACAUGGCUGACUUACCAAAUUUUACAUUUUCUGAGGUGUAUGAAGAACUUACUGGCUUUGCUGUAGUAUACCAAUGCAAAGAUGGUGCUGUAAGAUUGCCUGGUAAAAGCACCGUCACUUACUGUCGUGAUGGUUCCUGGACAGAGUUGGAAGAGCCAUGUAAAUGUAAGUGCUGCUUAAUUAUUAAUUAAAAAAACCUGGUUAUUUCUAAAAGCUUACUCUAAUUUUUCAGGCUUCUAUGUGACAAUCCUGGCUGGUAUAAGCCAGAGUUCCCUAUUAACAUCUGAACCAGGAAAUUCAUUCUAGGAAAAUAAAUGAGAAUAUGGAGUGAAGUUUACUGCCUCAUUCUUGAAGCUCUGUAGUCUGUGUUCCCAAAUAUUCCCAAAUCCGUGACUCCACAUGUAACCUAUUAAAGAAUCACAAUUUCUGGUCAUUACCCAACCCUGCCAAUUUUGAGUCUGUUUUAUUAUGGUUGUUCCCAUUUGGUGUGGAACACAAAAUUCCACAAUUUAUUUGUGGAAUCUAGUAAGUUGCUCCCAUUCCUUGAGAUGCCUGUUUUGUCUACAGUGACACAUACCUUAGUUAUAUCCCAUUUGGAUUACCGAAACAUGUUCCACGUGGGGCUGUCUUUGAAAAGUGCUCAGAAACUUCCAACUGGCUCAAAGAGCUGCAGCCAGAUUGUUGAUCAGGGUUGGUUAUAGAGAGCAUUCAACUCCCUGUCACAACAGCUGCAUGGCUACUGCUCUGUUUCCAGGAAGAAUUAAUAGUGCUGAUUAUGACAUAUAAAGCCCUAUACAGCUUAAGUCCAAGCUAUCUGAAAGACCAUAUUUCCUCAUACAAAUACGCCUGGUUUUGAAAUUUUAUGGGGAGGCCCUUUCUCAGUCCUGCCACCCUCACAGGCAUGCUUGGUAGGGAUGCAGGCGAGGGGCUUCUUGGUGGCUGCUCCCAGGCUUCGGAACUGCUUCUGUAGGGAAACUAGACUGGCUCCCUCCUUGUUGUCCUGGCAGGUGAAUACUUUUUGGGAACUGACUGCUUUUAAUAAAAAGUCUGGGGCUGUGUUGUUUUUUAUUGUAAUUAUUUGUAUGGUUUAAAAAGAAAUGUUAAUGUGUUUAAAGCAACAAUUGUUGCAUGAUAUAUAUUUUGGAUUUUUCUAUGUUGUCUGGUAAUAGUUUCACUUAUUUGCUAACUUGUUCAUUUUUUAAAAUGAAUUUCCUGUGCAGUCCCUCCAGACAUUCUUGGUGGAUCUCACAACAGGACUGGAAUAGUGAUACAAUACCAUUGCAAUGAUACUUUCUUGCUUAUUGAAACACCUUCCAUUUUUUGUGAUAUUGUUGCUAAUAAUGGUAAAGCACUGUGGAGAGGGAAACCCCCCCAAAUGCACAGGUCAUUUUUAUAGCAGUUUUUCUUUCAUUGAUGAUUUGUUUAUUGUCAAAUAUACAAGUAGACCAGAGGUGGAGGGAAACAGAAUGCACAUUCUUAAUAGGGCAUUGGAAUUGCUGUUCACCUGCUGCCGACCAAUGUAUCUCUCUCAUUACUCCUGAUUAAAAGAGAUGCUAGCUAGUUAGGUGUCAAUGGCAAUCACAUAAGCAGAAUUAAUUGACAUUUCUCGUUUUCCCAAUAACUGUUUGAUUGCUGGGAAUAUGUAGUUUUUCAGCUGUGCAAGUGCUAAUUACAGGGGGAAAUAAUCUGGAUCCCUGGCAGGAGAUGGACUAAUUUUCACAACCACUAAUUUUCACUGCACAGACACUACAAAAGUAUUCUUCAAACAGGAAAACAGGAGAGUAUUUUUAAAAAUAAGCUUCAUCAGAAAAUAUCCCAUCUUUAAGGAAAUAGAAAUGCACAGAUUCUAUUUUUUAAGGAGUUUUGCUUUUUAAUCUUACUUUCAGUGGUUAUAUGUGAAAAUCCACGAGUUCAAAAUGGAAUAGAAUUAACUGGAUUAAGAGAUUCCUAUACUUAUGGCAACAGUGUUACAAUUGAAUGUAAAACUGGAUACUUCAUGAUUGGAAAUCAUUACAUGCUCUGUGAGAAGAACGGUACUUGGGUCCCUAAAGUGCCAUCCUGCAAAAAAAGUAAGACUUUGAAAAAAAUCACAGGAUUUACAUUUAUAUUUUAUGAUUCAACAAUUAGAAGCUGUUUAAACUUGGAGAAAUGCUGUGUUAUAAAAGAGUAAAUAAUGUAUCAUGUAGAGUUUUAAGCUGAAGUGUAUAUAUUGACAUUCUUCUCUAUUAUGUCUCAUGUAGGGAUCUUGGCCGAGUUCAGAGAACACUAUUGUAAAAAUAGUGCACUAAUGCAGAAGGAGAGGCAGCCCAAAAUCAAAAAUAUUUAUUCAACACAUUUAUUUCUGGUGUCAUUCAGCCACUGGGUUGGGUGAUCACCCUUGUCCAGGACAAGGCAGGAGCGAAAAGGUUUCAGGGAAGUGCGACGCUCCUAGCACCAGUUUUUCACUCCUGCCUUGUAGUGAAGCAGUCAGCUAUCUUCACUCCCACAUUACUUCUACUUUCAGCCAGCAGCUCUUAUCCUUCUACCUAUUUUCCUUACAUCUUCUCUGUUGUUAGCCAGUAUUUACCUUUAAUCUUCAUAUUUGCAUUGUUUUUACGUUAUCUCCUUUGAACUCCAGAUAAGGUCACUGAACAAAGCUGCAAGUUCAGUCAGUGAGGUUACAGACAGUAGCAGUUCAUGCGACUGAGUGGAACUGCCCUCCUGAUGCUGGUGUCACUGCUGAUUACCUGGACGGGGUUCAAGCAGGGCAAUGUUGGGGCUUUGUGUAGUGGUUGGAGUCCUGGACAGGGGGCAACGGGGGUGGGGAGAGGGGAGAUAAUUUCAUAAGGCAAGCAGAAAUGUGCUGACAGAGUGAACUCCUUAGCACCAGUUUGAAUUCCAGCCAAUAUGAAUUAGACAGCCAAGGAGGAUGACAUGAGAAUGUUUCCUUCUUUCAAAGUUCUGGAACCUUCCCAUGUGCAUGCCUAGUAUGUGCACAUUCUGAAAUCAGCCUUGCAAAUGAAUCUAUUAAAAUGUCUACCUUAAAAGAGAGUAUAUGUAGCCUCAGUGGUCACACAGAUGUAGGUUAUUCAUUUGUGUCUGAAAAGAUCACGCUUCUUCACCUGAUUGCCUGUGAGCUAUUCUUACUCAUCACCACAACUGAUCAAGUGGUUAUUUUAUAAGUCUGCUCUAUGUGUGACUGCUCAAAAAACUUAAGAGAAUUUUCAGAAAAAUCAAAUCUGUUUUCUCUUGUGUACUGUGGAACAAGGUUACUUGGUUUGGCCAUGAAGGAAUCAGUAGUAAACUGUGUUUUGUGCCUUGUCUUCUUACCACGCUCAAAAAUCCAGAUACAUGAUAUUAUGAUUACAACUUGACUCUUACCGCAAAUUUAUAAAAGCAAGGCUAAUAUUAUACAGACAAUAAUUUUUAUCUUCUGCAGCUUUAUUGUUCUUGUUACAGUUACUCCACAUAUUUGUGGUGCCCCAGUAGUGUCCAAAGGACAUGUACAUCCAUUGCUAUCUGAAUACAAUGUUGGAGAUGUCAUUGAUGUGUACUGCAAUCAAAACUACUCUUUCAUUGAUGAAACCACAAAGAUGAGUGUGCGAUGCCAAGGCUACAAUCAGUGGGAUCCUUUUAUACCACUAUGUUUGGGUAUGUAUAGAACCAGUUUGAGAAGCACACAAAUAUGUUCCUUCCUCAGUUGCUCCAUACCCAAGAUAGAUGUUGCCCAUUAUUGUAAAUCACAGAUGGUCAAUCUUCACCCCCAUCUACAGCCCUGUGAGGCUGUUCUAAAAAGAAAAGAAAAAAGUAGAUAAAACGAGCAUAAUUAUUUUAAGUGAUGCUAGUCUGCUAUCAAGUAAACAUUUCGUUUGGGAUUUGAGCAGUGAGCUACAUCUCUUCCCCUUGUAUAAUCCUAUUGGGGCAAAUACCUAUAGUCUCUGAAUCCUCUCAUUCCUCAUAAUGCAGGACUGGGAUGGGACUAGAACAAUGGCUUUUUAGCUCAUGUUGGAAAGCAGAGUGCUGUGUAUAUUACUAGAUAACUACCUUGUUGAGGUUUUUGGGUGAAGUUAAGAGAAAGUGCAAUCAUAUUGCUUUAAAGUUGGCUAUCCCAAGUUUCUAAUAAGACACGUCACACUCAGCUUUUCAAACAUGGCCUUCCUCCCAGGAGGAAGAGGCAAGAGGGCCACUCUGAUGAUGAAACAGAUUCAGUCCCUUGCCUCAGACAGCAAAUUUGGGAUGCACUGAGCCUAGGGCUUGCCGAUCGGAAGGUCGGCAGAUCGAAUCCCCAUGGCAGGGUGAGCUCCCGUUGCUCGGUCCCAGCUCCUGCCAACCUAGCAGUUCGAAAGCACAUCAAAGUGCAAGUAGAUAAAUAGGUACCACUCUGGCGGGAAGGUAAAUGAUGUUUCUGUGUACUGCUCUGGUUUUGCCAGAAGCGGUUUAGUUAUGCUGGCCACACGAUCGUGAAAAACUGUCUGUGGACAAACGUCUGCUCCCUCAGCCAGUAAAGCGAGAUGAGCGCUGCAACCCCAGAGUCGUUCACGACUGGACUUAACUGUCAGGGGUCCUUUACCUUUAAUUUAGAGGGGUGAAAAUGUUGGGACCAUCCAAAGCUACCCUUGCAACUUUUGCCUCAUGCAGUAGUGAGAAAAUAUGCAAAAUCCAUGUAUUAUGAGCAUGUUUUCUGGAGUAGCUGCUCCAAAAGCCUACAUGCCAUUAUGGCUGGUGUCAUCUUGGAAACAAUUAAGCUUCUUCCUUCCCCUGCUAAAAGCUACCAUUUGGGGGAAACAGUCUGAAUACAUCUGUGAGAAGGGAGAGAGCGUAGAGGAGGGUGCCAGCUAGAGUGGAUCCUGUUUGAAUUAGUUUACGUCAUGAACAAGACAGGCUAAGGUCAGCUCUCCUAUUAAAUUUGAAGAUAUUUGUAUACACUCUUAUGCUUAAACCCUUAGUAUAUUCCAAAUCUAUAUACAUCAGAGAGGUUUUUUUAACCUUUUGGUGUAGAACAUUAUGCAUCUUGCACAAGUUGCACAAGUAUGAUUUUUUUUGGUUUUGGAACACUUUGGUUUUGGAACAGACUUCCGGAAUGGAUUAAGUUUGAGAACCAAGGUACCACUGUACAAAGAAACAAAGCAUUGCUUUAUCAUUUAUAAUAGUUAUUUGUAUUUUCAGCAAAAACAUCACCAGACACUUCUAACUUCUAUAUCCAUAAUGGAAGAAUAACCCAAGGGGUGAAACAAUACUAUACCCCUGGAGAUGAAAUUUCUGUUCAAUGUAAUGCUGGGUAUACUUUGAUCGGGCCAUCUACAAUUACUUACAUUGGUGGGAGUAAAUGGUCACCUAAUAUUCCAGUUUGUAAACUGAGUAAGUAUAAUAUUUGUGAAAAUGCCAAGAGAUGUUGGGGGUGCCAGUCAGGUUUGGUUUCAUUAGAAUGAAAGUCACUGAAGACUUUUAAUUAUGCAUAUAUACUAACUGAGCAUAAGGAAAUAAAGCUCACAACAUCAGCACUCUAACCAAUACUGGUUAUCCAUUAAGUUUCUAGAGAGGGAACCAUAAUGUGAGAGAGGUAGAAUGCGGAGUCUCCCAAGGACCAGUAUUGGAACCAGUGCUUUUAAACUUCUUCAUAAACGGUCUAGCAUUACGACAGAGCAGUGAGGUGACCAGGUUUGCUGGUGAUACUAAUUUUUUCAGGGUUGUUAAAACAAAGAGAGAUUGCGAAGAGCUUCAACAGGACCUCUUCAAAUUGAGCGACUGGGUGGUAAAAUGGCAAAUGCAAUUCAAUGUAAACAAGUAUACAAAAAAAAUCUCACCUAUAUGCUCAUGGGGUCUGAACUGGAGGUCACAGACUAGGAGCAAAACCUUGGGGUCAUAGUAGAUAGCUCAGUGAAGAUGUGGACCCAGUAUGUGGCAGCCAUGAAAAAGGCUAAUUCCAUUCUAGGAAGCAUUAGGAAAGGAAUUGAAAAUAAAACUACCAGGAUCAUAAUGGCAACAUAGAAAUAUUUGGUGCAACCACAUUUGGCAUACUGUGUACAGUUCCAGUCACCUUACUUCAAAAAAUAUUGUAGAAUUGGAAAAGGUUCAGAAGAAGGCAACCAAAAUGAUCAAGUGGAAGGAGCGACUCCCUUAUGAAGUAAGGUUGCAACAUUUUGGGACUUUUUAAUUUAGAGUGAAGGCAAGUAAGAGACAACAUGGUAGAAUUUUAUAAAAAUUGACAUGGAGAAAUUGGAUAGAGAGAAGUUUUUUCUCAUUUCUCUCAUAACCCUAGAACUCUUAGGCUGAAUGCUUGAGGAUUCAGGACAGAUAAUAGAAAAUACCUACUUCUUUACACAGUGUUUAGUUAAACUAUGAAAUUCACUCCCCUAGGCGGUGAUGGCCACCAACUUGAAUAGUUUUAAAAGUGGAUUAGACAAAUUCAUGGAGGAGAGGUCUACCGAUGGCUACUCGCCACAGUGGCUAUGCUCUGGCCUCGAUAGUUGGCGGCAGCAAUACUUCUGAACAUCAGUUGCUGGCUGAAACUCUUCCUGCUUGGACACGGAUACACAAUUAGAAAAGGACUAUGGAACUUUGUUUCAAUAUAUGAUUACGGUGGCGAGACUAUUAUAUGCACAAAGAUGGAAAGAUUAAUCAUUAUCAACAAUGGAAGAAUGGUUUUUUAAAAUUUAACUAGGGGUGCCAUAUAUCCAGAAUUUCCCAGAUUGCCGGGAUUUGGCCGUCAGAAACAAUUUUUGGGUCACUUUCUGAAAUAUGGCAACCCUAAAUUAAUGGACCCAGCUGAGAUGGCAAAAUUGACGUUUAAUCAGAUAAAAGUCAUUGUUGACAUUUACUAAAUACUGGAAAGCUCUCAUAGACUUUUUGCAUGAAAAAAUAAAUAAAUAAUGGAUGGGGGGGUUGAAGAUAAGGUUUGUUGAUAGAAAGUGGUUUUGUUUGGUGUUAUAUUGGAAUAGAUGAAGUGAUUAUUGUUUAUAUAUAGCGGACAGAUGAAGAAUGGGAAGUUCUUUAAUCUCUGAACUUUAUCUUUUCUAUUUCCUAUUGAAAACUCUUUUCUAUUUAUUUUUUCUUAUUUCUCUAUCUUUUUACUUUUUUGUCAUGUUUUUAUCUUAAUGUUGGACAAAAAAGAUAUUUGAGAUCAGGUUUUGUAUUUCUCUUUAUAAACUCUAAUGAAAUUUAUUUUUUAAAAAUGAAUAUCAGAUGCUGGAAACCACAGGAAGGGUGAGUGCUCUUGAGCUCAAAUCCACCUCUUGUGAUAUGAGAUCUAUAUUGAGCUCCAGUACUUCCUUUUAUAAUUCAUUUCUGAUGUGGCUAAGUCUAAAUAAGUAACCUGUCAAUAAUUAGUCUUUCCUCUCCUCUUUUCUAGGUAUUUUCCUCAGAUUGCUUAUAGCUGGUAUGUAAUUUAUUGAAUAUGAAUGGGGAAAAUAAAAAGAUUCAUUAUAAAUGUUUGCAUGCCAAGGUUUUAUACCAGUUCAUAGAUUUUUUCACAAUAGCAAAAUAGAAAGUGUGGCACUCUCCAGCCAGAAAUACACAUUUUAAAGUUUAUUUUAUAAGAGAGAUAUAAGCCUAUGCUUAACUAUCACCAGCUGUGUUCACAGUCCUCCACAUUUCAGAAGUUUUUCACCAGUGCUCAAAUCUUUGGUCAUCAUUAUCUAAACACAAACCUGCAAGUAACUUGUAGGUUUUGUUUUGUUUCUUUUUGAGUUACAGUUUUAAACUGCUUAGAGAGAAAAUUAGUAUUUUGCACACACACACCCCAGGAACAAAUAAAGUUGUGCGGAGGGCUUUUCCCCCAGCCAGAACUCACCAGAACUCAGUUCCGGCACCUCUCAGGUGGGCGCCAUGGCCAUUCUAAGAGAACAAGGGAGGUGCUCAUGGUGAGUUCUGGCACUUCUCUUCCUAGAGAAAUAGCACUGGUUGUGUGCCUUUAGACUCUAGAUUUUGCAGAAUAUUGCAGCUGCACACUGGAACUGUAUGUUUGUGCAGUUAACAUGGAUUAAAAGGCUCAACAAAUACACUUUAAAAAACAAUCAGACUUUUAUUAUUUGGAAAGUAACUGGAAAAUGCAUUGAAAGGUAGGUGUGUGAUGCAUGGAUGACUAGUGGGAAGACAUUUAAACACCCCGCAAGCAAUCAGGAUAAAUGAUCAUUCUUGCAAAACUUCUCCAAAAACAAAUCAGAACAAUUGCUCAAUGAAGACUGGAUUGUAAGUAUUCUGCAAGCAAAUCUGCUGAGUGAUGAAUUAACGACCCAUUAAUUUUUCUUAGAGUUAACAUUGGUAGGAUGAUUCACAUAAAAGUCCUGCCUCUCACCAAUCUUUGCCACUAAUAGUCUAGGGAUCACCAAAUGUUAACAGUAUUCAAUAAUGAAGUACUGUUCUUUAUGCCUCAGGUAACACUGGAUAAAAUUUCCAAAAUGCCUGUUUUUAAUUGUACAUCAGUUUUCUUGGACUUUCAUGAGCUUUUUUUCUUGUGUUCUUUUUCUUUUUUAGCAUGCAUAAUGCCUGUAGUACUCGUGGCAAGUAAAAUGGUUCAUAGGAAAUGUUGUUCACAAGAAAGGUAAUUUUUUUCUUAAUAUCAAACUCCCCUUUUCCUGUUUCUUUUACAUUUCUAAGGUCUACCUUAUACAUUAACUACACAGAAAUUAUCUCCAUGUAGAGGAAACACUCCAUGCUGUAUCAUCUGAACUGCAGUGCAAAUUUUGUUUUUCCUAUGAAUGACCUGACUGGGUUGCUGAUCUGAGAUAUGGGUAUAUGGGUGUUCAAAUAGUAAAAUGCUACUAUUUGUUGUACAUGGGGAUAUAUAUAUUUCUAUUUCUAUUAUUUCUAUUACUAUUUCUAUUAUGGUUUGUUUCACUAUAUUUGAAAAUCAAGAAAAUGUAUUUUUUAAAAAUAGUAACACUUAAGGGCCACAUAUAACACAUAGCAUCUUACUGAUAUAUCAGCAUACACUGUCAAAUGUGAAACCAUAUAUUUAGCUUGCUGAGAGCAUACCUUUAGGGAAACUGUUGUAUAAAGUAGCUUCCCGAUAUGCAAAAUGGUGGCAAUUCAGAACCUCAGAUAAUUUAAAAUGUGGCUGCUGGAUUGCUAACUGGGAUUAUGUAUUAUACCAGUGUUUUAACAACUGCAGUGCCUGUGCCUCCAAGCCUGUUUCUAGGCUUGUUCUUCAUGGGACAAGGUACCUGAAGAAUUAUCCUGUCUAUUUAUGUGUCUGUCUAUACCUAAUAUAUUAUGUACAGGCACUUUUCAUUUCUGAAUCAGCUGAAAUGUGCAUAAUGAGGAAAGAGCCUUCUCUGGAAUGAAAGCUCAGCUGGCACAUGCAGUGAUAGAAUUUCAGUACCGUGUGAUUUAUUUUUUUUAAUUUUCCAAAGAUUUUUAAUCAGAUUUACCCUGACACCUCCAUUCCCCAGCAGCCUAAUGGUAAAGAGAGAGCAAGAGAGAGAGCAAAAGAGAGCAGCAACCAAAGAAGGUAUUUUGUUGCCAGAGACCUUGGAAGAGUCAAUGGCAAAAUUUAAGCUAGAACACCAGAAAGAAAAUGGAAGGCAGCAGGAGAAGCUAGUAAGUUUUAGUGAGCUUCCCAUUAAUACAACCAAGGAAACAACAGAUGAAGCAAACCCAACAUCAUCUCUGCAUGAGGAGGGACCAAUCAGUGAAAGCAACUGGGUAGAUUCUGUUUAUUUUCUCUUUCCUUUUCUUCUUGUUCUUUUGACCCUGAAAACCCCUAUACAUGUUAAAAGACAGAGGCAGUCCUCUGCUGAGAUGCUCAGCAAAGGCCACUGCACCAAAUGUAAAAGUAGAAUUUCAUAGUGCUGUAUCCCACAGGAACCCUCUGUGUGAGUCUCCUUUUUCUCUUGUGGACUGAGCGUAAGACCCUUGACACUACAGGUAAGUGUUACUAUGUGUAUUUUUAUGGCGCAUAUCACGCAGUAGCCCAUUUUGAAAUGGCAAGAUUUUGACUCUAUAGCCAUAAUCAUUCUAAAAAAUAAAACUAUAAUUGUAUCAGUGAAAUGUCUGACUUGGUUUCUUUAACACCAGAAUCGUUUUUGUUCAUUUUUUUCUAAUGUUAUAUCUUUUUAUUGUCAUUCAGUAAAUAAGCACAUAUGGAAGUAUGACAAUUCACUAAUUACAAUGUUCCUCAAACCUACACCUGUAAUUUACACAGUUACAGGUAGGUAUCUCUUUCAGAUUCCACUUUUCAAUGUUUAAGUAAUGAAUAUGGAAAUUCUGUAAGUGUAGUAAUAUAUAAACAAAAGAGUAGGCAUCAGCUUGAGUAGAGGUCUGUGGGCCAAUUUAAACUUAGAUGCAGAUGCAUAUGCUGCAAUCCCAACAGUUACUUUUUGGAAGAAAAAAGCCACCUCAGAAGGGGGAAAUUUAGAACAAAGAUGGUUGCUUUGCCCACCACUGUUCUGCUCUAAAUCAGUCUUCAGAGUUGAACACAAGUGGGAUGGGAGCAGAGAUAUGGAGCAGAGAAGCAGCAGGCUUUGGAAGAGUUAAGCUCUUCUCUGCUCUAGAUCCCUCAUCCUGCAAGCUGCUUUUGCUUUAAAAACAAUUGCAAAACUGGAAUUACCACUGAAAUUUAAUGACACACACCUGUAUGUGGACACCGUCCCUCUCCCUUUUGUUUUCUCACAAGGUUAUAAAUACUGUAUUGGCUUAGACAAUAAAUGAAAGCUUAUGUUAAGCUUCUCAACACCUGAAAAUCUAAAACUGGGAUGGCAAACAUAGUGUCCUCUGGCUGCUCUUUGACUACAGUUUUCUGAAGGUGCUCCAAGGAAUCCAAUGAGGCAUUUUGUGAAGUAGGGUGCCUGCUCAAGGGUGCCAUGCGAUCUUCAUUGGUAAGCAAAAAAAUAUUACUAGAUACUGGAAAAUCUACUAAGUCUUGACAAACCUCUAACCACUAUUAUUACUAUUAUUAUUAUUAUUAUUAUUAUUAUUAUACUCAUCUGUUUCUUAAAUUGGUGAAUUAUACAAACAUUUCAUAAAACUGAAUAAUUUGCAUUCUUUGUUUAGUCUCAGAUAAGAACAUAAGAACUGCAUUCCUAGGUAAAACUGAAGUCCUUGAAGUCUGGCCCUUUUCUCUGGGAGAAACUGGCUCAUAAGCACAGUAUAAGGAUGAUAGCUUUCCCCUAUUGCUUGUCCCCAGCAUCUGUACUCAGGAUUAUUCUGUGGUCUCUGUACAGUCCUUCAUAUGGGUUCUGUGCCUGCACAGAGCAGCAUCUGCAACUUUCUAGAGCAGGUUUCGCUUAGUGCCCUCUAGAUGCUUUGGACAGCAAGUCCCAUAAUCCCUGAGCAUUGGUCAAGCCGGCUAGGACUGAUGUGAGUUGCAGUAGAAAGUAUCUAGAGGACACUAAUGUGCAGAAGGGUGUUCAUGCAGAAGGCACUUAAAACAUUUUGGUGGCAGGUCUGCUUCUAGCCCUUAAUAUAUAUCCUCAAGUGGUAUGCCCCUGUCUUCCUGCUUGGUUCAUUAUUGACCACUGCAUUGGUCCCAUCUUUGAAAAGUCCCCCCCCCCCCCCGUUUUAUUUUAUCUCUAUGCAGUUCUUUUCCUUUCAAAUGUUGCAUUUCAUUUUACCUCAGUGUUUUCUCCAUGCUUUCUUAGCACACCUCAGUGUUGGUUCUCAAAGUAUGUAAACCGAGGCAGCAAACUUUGUCAUUCAGAUAGUCAUAAUUGUUUGCUUCUUGGCUUUGAAAAGGGGCAGGUGUUGGACACUUGCCCCACUGUGUCAAUUUUAUGAGACCAGCAUACCAAAAUACAUCCACUGCCUUUGGCUUACUUUGCAAGAGCAAACUCACUCUGCUGGAGUCACCCAAUCCCCACACCCACAAAAACUGGCUAUGCAAUUGAGCUCAAACACUGCGAUUUUCAUUGCUGUUGAAUCGAGUUCACCUUCACAGGCCUCUCCAAUAUAAUACAGUUGCAAGCACUGUAACAGUCCCCUUGAGCCUUACUAUUCACUUUGGGACCCAGGCCAUUGACAACUUCUACAUCCCUUGAGUCUGGUCUUACUACUUUCAUAUUAACACUAGUUUCAGUUCCAGACCAUGCCAGGGAGGCAGCUCCUUUGACUGUGAGGCAGUGCACCUAUUUAGACUAACUUGACUGCCAUAUUUUCAGAAUGCAAGCAAGGGGAAAAAAGUAUCAGGGAAACAGACCAAUGACUUGGGUUCUGCUGGAUUUAUACAUAAUAAAAACCUCUGUUCAUUAUUCUUCUGCUGCCCGGGCUACUGUCCCUCUCAGCCAAUAUGGCUGUCCCUGCAGCAACUAUUUGCACACUGGAGCAACAUAUGAGAGAGAGAGCUUGUCAGCUAGUUUCCAUGCAUGUGGUUUAACUAUUGCUCCCCUUGAUGUACAAUCUCAUUUGGCUCAGACAAAUGAGAAGGGAUGUAAGGUGGAUGUAAUGGUUUGAAAGUUUUAACCUAAUGCCACAUCCUUACUCUGCAGUGCAUGCCUGUGUAUCUCAGCAUCAACAUUAUCUCUGGGAGAAAUCCUUUCUCUUCUUCAAGCAUCUCCUAGAUGACAGGGGAGGGCUCACACAACCAGCAUGAGGCUAGUUGCCUUGCAAAGCAAGAAAUCUAUACCUUUAAUCAUAUGAUGGACUGUGACUCCAGAGCCAUGUAAGGCUCUGUCAUUCUCCAUUUUCAUACUUGGCUUUAGAGGAGGAUUAAAAAACUCUUCUGCAAUGGGGCAGUAGAAACAGAGAUCAGGGUACAAAGGCUUGUACCCUUCAAAGAAUUUUCCCAUUGCCAAGAAAGAUACCUCUAGCAGAUGCAUGACACUUUGGGUUUUCUCUUCCUUCAUAAACCCCCAAAAGUUCUAGAUUGCUGUUUUUUCCAGCAUCCUCCCGUUUCUCCUUAUCAAGUCAGGCUUUAUUUCAACAGACCAAAAAGAUGUCUGCUUUCAUAUCUCAAUUCAACCAAUGCAUUUGUGUUUCCUUCCAGACCAUUGCUUUCAGUUGAGAGUUUUGGUGCUUGGCUCUUAGCCACACAGCUCACAGAAUUUUCACAAAAUGCAACACAAUAAUUGCUGCACAUCUUGGUCAACAAGGCAUUUCCAGCAUAGCACCAGCCAUCAGCAUAUACUGCAUUCCCAUGUGAGGUCCUCAGAAUCAUGUUCCACAAGCUAGAGCUUCACUUGAUGCCAAUGUGUCACUUGAAGUUUAUAGGUGCUCACUUAUGUUUCAUAGCUAGUUUCACCUGUUUGCCCUCUGGCGAGCUCAGACCCCAUUGCUUUAACUGUCAGUCCCAAAUAACUGUUGGGUAUGCUUAGGCUAGAGAAGAGACAUGGUAACAGGUGACAUGAUAAAACCCUGUUACAUAGAUGAUGCAUUAUCAACAAGUUCAAGGUUCAAGGAAAUUUUGACUAAACAUUUGGAAGAAUUUCCUGAUUUUACAAAUAGUUUUAUUCCCAUAUGCCCAUACAUUUUAGUAGUUCUGCUGUUAUAAACAUAAGCACACCAGCACAGCUCAUUAUGAUUUAGCUGUGCUACACUCAGCUGCUUCUUUUAAAGUCACUUUUCAUUUUAGAAACUUACCAGUGUUGUUGUAUAAUAUUUUAUAUUGGUUUAUUUUCUUUUUAGGCUUACAUUGACCACUUCCUUAAAGCUACAAGGGAUAAACUGUAAAUUCUGAAGAGUAUUUUGUACUUAUGUGAAUCAAAUACUUUGAGGUUGAAUUUGUGUUGUAUAUAUUAUUUUGCAAGAAAUAAAGCAUAUACAUGAAUACAAA